AUGGUUCACGAACAGUUUUACUCUGCUACAACCAAACAACUGCUAGAAUUUGACAAAAAACAUAUUUGGCAUCCCUAUACGUCGCUCAAUAAUCCACUCACCGUUUUACCAGUAAAACGUGCAAACAAAUGUACAAUUUAUGUUGAUAAUGUAGAAGAAUCAUCUCUUAUUGAUGGAAUGUCUUCAUGGUGGUCUGUGAUUCAUGGAUAUAACAACGACGAGCUAAAUACAGCAAUAACAGAUCAACUCAAACAGGUGAGUCACGUAAUGUUUGGUGGGUUUACACAUUCUCCAGCUGUAGAACUGACCCAGAGAUUGCUCCAAUUGAUUGAUCACGAAAAAUUAGCUCAUUGUUUUUUUGCCGAUUCCGGUUCAGUGGCUGUUGAGGUUGCCAUGAAGAUGGCAUUACAAUAUAGCGCCAGUACCCAUCCGCAGGCAGACAUAUCAAAGCAUAAAUUUCUGACGGUUCGUAAUGGGUACCACGGCGAUACCAUUGGCGCUAUGAGUGUCUGUGAUCCUAUCAAUUCGAUUCACUCCAUAUUCAAUGGUUACCUGAGGUGUAACAUAUAUGUGGAUGCACCACCCUCUAUUUCCAUACUACCAUCAUCGCCACUUUCGCAACAUGUUUUUAAUACGUCAAAUGAUAUUGUUGACACAAAACCCUACAUGGCAAUGUUUGAAAAACAUUUGCAAAACUAUGGCAACGAAAUAGUUGCUGUGAUUAUUGAGCCCAUUGUUCAAGGUGCCGGCGGGAUGCGCUUCUGGCAUCCACGAUAUCUGAUCGAUAUCCGAAAGCUAUGCAACAAAUAUGAGAAGCUACUGAUACUUGAUGAGAUUGCAACGGGGUUUGGAAGAACAGGCCAGAUAUUUGCUUUUAAGCAUUGCAAAUUGUACCAGGAACAAUUGGGUAUUCCCGCGAAGGAACAAACCGACGUGUAUCCUGACAUAAUGUGUGUUGGGAAGGCCCUAACGGGUGGAUACAUGACUUUGAGCGCAGUGGUCGUUUCUAAAGAAGUUGGAAAGGGGCUUUCUUCACCUUCAAGUCCAACUAAAGGGGUACUUAUGCAUGGUCCAACUUUCAUGGGUAACCCCCUGGCAUGUUCUGUUGCGAAUAAAUCUCUGGAGAUAAUAAUGAGAAAUGAAUGGCAAUCCCAGGUUAGAAACAUUGAACAACAGCUUUUCGAGGAACUGUUUGUCCCAAUAAGAACAAAUAAACAGUGGAUGGGCCAUAUGGUCAAGAGGGUUGCCGUUCUAGGUGCGAUUGGUGUUGUAGAGUUACAUAUGGCAGUUGAUCAAGAAUGGUUCCAACAUCAGUUCGUAGAUAGGGGAAUCAACAUUAGGCCAUUUGGAAAACUUGUCUAUAUUAUGCCACCUUAUAUCAUAACUUCGAAGGAGUUAACUAUUCUCACUAGAGCCAUAAUUGACGUUUUAACACUAUGGGAAAAACAUAUUGGUUCUAUUUGA